AUGACUAAUCGCCUCUCCUAUCUGCCUCCAGCUGUUGAUAAAAACAGCAUCAUCUCUGAGGGAAGGAGGCACAUAGCAAAUCAGCAGAACUCUGUAAGCUCGGUAGCCAAUGUGGUCGAGAGCAGCAAUGACAGGGCCACAGACAUAUCGUCAAUCUCAAGCGAUGGACUGAAGCUUCCUGCACUCAAGCAAAUUAUUGCCGGACCGUCACCGAGCUUCUUGUCCGCCUCUGAUGCUGUCUCCAGCUUGCUGUAUGAGCUUAAGUACAUUUCUCUUUCCAUUCGCUCCGUUCCCUAUAGAAAAAUAGAGAUAGCAAACGUUACACUGUAUUACAAUAUACACGACGGCAACUGUACCUCUGUUAGCCCACCCGGGUUCUUUCUCAUACCGCCUCCUACUACUCUGUCUACCUUGCAGGCUCUUAAGCUGGAUCAAAAAUUAAUUACAGAUUGUCCAGCGCCACCGGUGAGGAUGCCCAAAGAGCUCUUGAAGAAAUUUCAAUCUAUUGAAGCCGACUUCCUCUCGCAAGUUAUAAGCAAAAAAGAUUUAGAUAAAAUAGAUGGUAUAUGCGACGCGGCUGCAAAACCGUUUUUGCACGCUAACACCUCCUUUAUAGAUGCUGGUUCGUCCACCGAAUAUCAGUUUCUUCGCGCCAAUUUUAAAUUCAGAGCUGCAAAGGCCGUCUUCGCGAGGAAAGUGCAGAAACUUAUCCCACUUGACCGUAACACUAACAUGAACCUCAUAGAACUGCUUCUUUUACGUCCAGAGUGUAGCUACUUGUCAAAAAGCACUUGUCUCCGCUAUUGCCAAUCAAGAUACAAUACUUCCGGACACCAGUACACCUCUCGUAGCCUUUCGCUAUCGUGGCGAAUCCUCACGCUUGUGUUCCCGAUUAUGUUAUUGAAGGAGGGGCAGAGAAUUAACGACCAUUUAAGACCAGGUGACCAGAGACUUGUGGAGAUAUUUACAGAGCGCAACAUCAGAAAGUACCUGAGAGCAGAGUUGUAUGAUUAUAGCGCGACUACCACAACUCCAUACUUUUACCGCUCGCUGUGGUCUCUUGUUUCAACACAUGUGUCUCUCCAACCAUCUUUGCAGUCUGGCACCUCUUCUAUUCACAUCUCAAAUUCUUGCAAAAAAUGUGCCGCUACUCAAUCUGUACUUUCCAAUGAUUUACAUUCAAUUGUGCAGAAGAUUUUAUUUUUACAAUCUUGGGGUGAUGUAUGGAAGGUUAGUACAGAUGGCCCUGCUUUAAAUGCCAGCAAACCGAGUGACCAUGCAGAUGACCAUAUGACCUCCUUGAACGACCUCAGGUUGCAUUCACUUGAGCACAUUGAGGAGGAGUGCUUACUGGAUAACUGGGUCAUAUCCUUCUGGAAACAUCAGGAGAUGAAUAACCAUCUUGUUGCAUGUGACGCCCUUAUCACUGAACUCGGGCACUUACCUAAGGAGCAACUUAUAGAGCUUAUAUACGCAGUUGCAAUCAGAGGAACGAAGAGAGCAUUGCGUGGGUUUUCGUCCUAUCGAUUGUGGGCCACUAACAUUGAGCUGGACAGCGACCUACUGUUUGCACAGUAUUGUCUUCUGUUUAACAGACCCUUAAUCCUGGACAUAGUAUCCUUAGAACUGGAUGAGCUACAAUGGAAAAAGAAACUUCGUUUAAAUACGAAUAAAAUGGACAUGACAAAGCUUCAUCGAGCCUGCCCUGUUGCUUGGUUCUACUUGCCUAGUGAGGAAUUUCAAACUCAGCUUUACGAAACCAUCUCAGUCAUAAAUUAUAGCAUAUCUCAAAUUGCGUUCACUUCAAGCGGCGUCUUUGACAGGCUAAUACAAAGCAGCGAUAUUCCGAAUCAGGAGAAGCUCGAGCGGAUGCACUCCAUUCUACCGAAUGUUGCCUCUGGGGUAUUAGAUCGUUGUCUCUACUAUGCCCGUACAAACAUUCUGGACAGCAUAUCUUAG